AAUAGUGAUAGAAUUUUAGAUGUUUACUCUGAAGAAGACUUAUUUUAUUAUGUUAAUCAUUUCUUAAAACAAAAUGUUGAUUUUAAUCAAUGUCCCGAUUGUGAUAAAAUCACGUUCAAAGAAAUUGAUAGAAACAUUGCUUGUAUAAUUAAACAAU